AUGUUACUGGGAUUUUGCGAGGAUUACAAACGCGUGGUGAUCAACGCUCGUCAUGAGCUGAUUCUAAUACGAUCGCGCAACGACAACAAUAGUCUACUGGGAGAUCCCGCACUGGAGCCAAAGAUUGAGCUGUUCAAGAUACAGUGGCGAAUGCCGCAUGCGUUACUGAAUGCAGUCAAUAAGCUAUCGAUGCUACGAGCCUUGGAGAGCGGACGAUAUCUGAGCAUGACAUUCCGAUCGUGGGAUCUGUACGAGUUUCCUCUACUACAGAGCACCACCAAGCACUCGUGGACUGUCAAGGCCGCGACUCAGCUGGAGAAACCGCGAUACGUGAUCUUUGCAUUGCAGACUGGGCGUAAAAAUGUAAUGUCCCAGGACGUUACUAUAUUCGACGACUGCAAGUUAACCAACGUGAAAUUGUAUCUAAACUCGGAAUGCUAUCCCUACGACGACCUGAAUUUGGAUUUUGAGAGGAACAAAUACGUCAUCCUUUACGACAUGUAUUCACGUUUUCGUAGGGCGUAUUAUAGAUGCGACUGCGCCGAGGCAUAUUUGACCACUACCAACUUUCUUCUUCGCGGUCCUUUCAUGGUUAUCGAUUGUUCGCGACAGAACGAGUCGAUCAAGAGUGCUACCGUAGAUGUAUGA